GUGGAUUGCGGUGAGCUCUGCCUCCUGCCUCCCAGGUGAAAAAGAAAACACACUGACGAAGACAGUUCCUUCUAGAAUUGAUAGUAUGCCUCUACACAUUGCAAUGCUCCCGUGGCUCGCAGUGGGUCAUGUGAACCCUUAUUUGGAGCUGUCAAAGAUUCUUGCUCAAAAGGGACACUUUGUUACCUUUAUAAGCACUCCAAAAAACAUUGAUGGCAUGCCCAAAAUCCCGGAAACCUUACAGCCAUCCAUCAAAUUGGUGAGGCUACCCUUGCCACACACAGAUCAUCAUCAUCAUCUCCCAGAAGAUGCUGAGAGCACAAUGGACAUUCCCUCAAACAAAAGCUAUUACCUCAAGCUGGCUUACGAGGCUCUCCAAGGCCCUGUAUCGGAGUUGCUCAAAACUUCAAAGCCCGAUUGGGUUUUUUACGAUUUCGCAACCGAGUGGUUACCACCAAUAGCCAAGAGCCUCAACAUUCCCUGUGCACACUACAACUUAACCGCAGCGUGGAACAAAGUGUUCAUUGAUCCACCCAAGGAUUAUCAACUGAACAACUCAAUUACGCUUCAAGACAUGUGUCUCCCUCCCACGUGGCUUCCUUUCACCACAACCGUUCAUCUCAGGCCUCACGAAAUCAGAAGAGCAACAAGUUCUAUCAAAGAUUCGGACACAGGACGCAUGGCAAAUUUUGAUCUCAGAAAGGCAUAUUCCAGCUGCGACAUGUUUCUUCUCAGAACAUGCAGAGAACUCGAAGGAGAAUGGUUGGAUUAUCUUGCUCACAAGUACAAGGUUCCUGUGGUUCCGGUAGGGUUGGUUCCACCAUCCAUUCAGAUAAGGGAUGUUGAAGAGGAAGACAAUAACCCUGACUGGGUCAAAAUUAAGGAUUGGUUGGACAAACAAGAGUCAUCAUCCGUGGUUUAUAUAGGGUUUGGGAGCGAGUUGAGGCUGAGUCAGCAGGACGUCACCGAGUUGGCUCAUGGUAUUGAGCUUUCUGGGUUGCGUUUCUUUUGGGCUUUGAGGAACCUGCAGAAAGAGGAUUUGCCACAUGGGUUUGAGGAGAGAACCAAGGAACGUGGCAUUGUUUGGAAGAGUUGGGCACCCCAGAUUAAGAUCUUAGGCCAUGCAGCUAUUGGAGGAUGCAUCACUCACUGUGGUACCAAUUCUCUCGUUGAGAUGCUUAAUUUUGGGCAUGUGCUUGUGACUCUUCCCUAUUUGCUAGACCAAGCUUUGUUUUCGAGGGUGCUAGAGGAAAAGAAAGUGGGUAUUGAGGUGCCAAGGAGCGAGAAAGAUGGGUCCUUUACUCGAGACGAUGUGGCCAAGACAUUAAAGUUGGCAAUAGUAGAUGAGGAAGGGAGUGAUUAUAGGAAGAAUGCCAAAGAAAUGGGCAAGGUUUUCAGUUCCACGGAUCUUCAUAGUCGAUACAUUGACAACUGCAUUGUUGCUCUUCAAAAGUACAAGACUCCUAAUUCCAACUGUUAAGCACGGCUAUUCAUGCCAGCAAGGAUUCCACUCCAGUUUCUUCUCUGUUUUUGUUUUGCAAUUAAGUUUUUCUUUUAUUUCUGCAAAUGCUUGAACUUUUAUCCUUAAAUAUUUCCAAUCUUCAAUCAUCAUCAUGUGUACGUUUAGUUUUGUAAUAAAGAAGGUUAUGAGUAAUUACCUACCCAUAA